CAAAAGGACCGCGGUCUUCUCGGAUUAGUAGAGUGAAGGGGGAUGGAUUAUUAUUCGAAUUAAGCCUAUUGGUUAGGCGAGCGGCGUGAGUGCGUGCGUGCAUACAUGUUUUGCGGAGAUUUUUAUGAGGAAAGAAAAAACAGAAGUGGAGAGAGAAGAAAAAAUUCACCACGUGCAUUUCUCUUCUGCCAUCAAAGAAGAAAAGGGUGAAUGAAUGCAAGGUAUUCAUCAUAGCAAAGGUGAUGGUACAAGAUGCAGCACAAAUCAGUCAGAGUAUCACUGCAAGCUUGCUGAAUGCAAGAAGAAAGUUGUUUUUGCAAUUCUCAGCUCGACUUGCACCUAAACACCCGGGCUUCUGUUGGCCAUCUUCUGAUGUCUUGAUUCGUAUUCAAGAUGACUUGAUUGAAGAUUUGCAACUGGGGGAUUCCUAUGAAGCAGGAAUAAGCAGUGGAGAUGAUGCUUAUCUACAAUCAUUCCUCAAGGAGCUCUUAGCACGACUAGAAAGAUAUCUAGAAGCAAUACCAAAUGAACAAGAGCUGGAAAUCAAUGGAGACUUAUUAGCAACAUAUGCUAUGCUCAUGGCUACAGCCAAUUCAAAUCAGCCCGGUUCUAGAAGCGUGACACACUACCUGCCAGUCUCGAAAUCGUUCACAGGAUCGUCUUCCUUCACACCUCUCUUGCCAGGAUGGAAUGCGAUUCAAAUGGAAGAAGAAGGAACGACAAUUUCACGGGGUACGACUGGCUUGAAAACAUGGGAAGCAAGUCUUCGAUUAGCUGGUCAUCUCGUUGCACAUCCGGGCCUUCUUGAAGGUCCAUCCCACGAUAUGUCAAGAAAGGCGACUAUCCUCGAAUUGGGAUGUGGUGUAGGGCUGCUAGGUGUUGUAGCCCGAUAUCUUUCUCCGCCUAAUCAUAAAAUUAUCAUGACUGAUUUAGACGGUGAAGUGCUGGAUAAAGCUCGAAAAACAGCCGAAGAGCAUUGGUACCAAAGUGAAGGUCUACAAGUCCACUCGCUUGACUGGAUCGAUGUACAAGAACAAGAGCAAGCAACAUGUCAGUGGCUUGAUCACGAGGCUAAACCGGACAUUGUUAUAGCAGCAGAUAUCGUCUUUGAUCCGUUGCUGAUUGCGCCAUUGUGUUCAACUUUGGCACUCAUUCUACACAGAGGCGAGAAGGCAUCGAAUAUGCAUGCAAAUCUACCUUUUGCAUUGAUUGCAAGUACCGUUCGUAAUCCUUCAACGUUUCAGCUUUUUCGCCAGACAUUAGCAAAGUAUAAUCUGCAUACUGUUGAGGUUGAUUUGUCAUAUCCAAUGAUAGACUUAAACACUCUCGAACAAGUAAAAGCAGAUUCAAAUUUGGGAAUGGAUAAGAUACCUCUUUUGCCAUCGACGCACGAUGCCAAAACAGAUGGACAAGUGUGUUUAUUGCAUAUCACUAGUAAAAGGUGAAGUCUGUGGGUAGACAGCAAAUAAAAAGAUCAACUCCGCGGAUGUUCUGGAGAUCUCACGGCAUUAUCACUUUGUGUAGAGACCCUAGAUAUACUCAAGAUGAAUGCUAGAUCUAUGCAAAUCAUUGCUUCUAUAAUUGAGCACCUUACUUCAGCGUAAGAUUAUGAAAUUAAACUAUUAAAAGUCAAUCUUGCUUACCCUCAUCAUUUGUCAUCACCUUACAUAAUAGGAAUAUCAGAAAGUGAUAAGGAGCACAGACGAUUGUUAAUUAAUGUAUAUCUUAUUGGUGCAAUAAAUCAAGACGAAUAUCUCCGAAUAUAUUAAAUGAUAUAUCGGUUUUAUUUUCGGCUGAUGAUCAGGG